AUGUUGGGCCUGGAGCAAGCCGGGUUUGACAGAGGAAGAGCAGCGACAACCCGAAAAGCCUACUCAGCAUUUUUGGGCGUUGGAGGGAACGAGAUCAACGGAGGUCGUCAGCACUCUGCCCCACCAUUGGGUCGACAGACUGACUUCGACAGUAAGUCGACUAUGGACGAGUACAUGUUUCUGGAUGACAGCAUAAGGGAUAUGGAAAAGACUAGUCCUCUGAAACGCUUGGAAUUGAAACAAUUUGCACUGGCUCAGGUCGUGGAAGAACUGGAGAACAAAGAACAAGAACUCACAACCAAGGAAUAUGCACUGAAUCACAUUUACAAUGAAAGUGAAAGUGGAAGGAGUCUUCGCUCUGCUUUUGGGUCCAAGAAUGCGGAUGUGGUCACGCUUCGCCAGGAGCUGGAGGCGCUGAAGAAGCGAAAGGCAGGGCUGGAGGAAGAGGCACGUGCACUGUCGAGUCCAGCAGAACGUCUGCUCCAACUCUACGAACGGGAGGAUGAACUUUUAGCUGUUUGGGGUUCCCAGCAGCCAUCCCUGAGCUAG